AUGGCGCCACUGGUCGAGCAGGCAAUCCGUAACCGAGUGUUGCGAGUGAUAUUUAUCUCCCUACUGCUGGACCUGAUUUCCUUCACUUUCAUCCUCCCUUUAUUUCCAAACCUGCUCGAGUUCUACCGCAACUCCGAGGUUCCUGUCGAUGCUGGCGCUCCCCCAACCGAUACGCUGCUUUCGAGAGUGCUCAGGUAUCUCAAUGCCUACAAGGCUUCCUUUGCGCGGCCUAUCGACUCGCGAUAUGACAUCGUCCUGCUGGGCGGCGCCCUGGGGAGUCUGUUCUCUCUUCUCCAGGCCAUCGCCUCCCCAGUCAUAGGCCACCUCUCAGAUAAGUAUGGCCGGCGCACCGCGUUACUCGCGAGCAUGGCGGGAAACAUUCUCUCGGUCGUGCUUUGGGUAGUAGCCGUUGACUUCCGGACCUUCCUCGCCUCUCGCAUUGUCGGGGGCCUCUCCGAGGGCAACGUACAGCUCGCCACCGCCAUUGCGACCGAUAUUUCGGAUGCGGACAGCCGAGGCUCGACCAUGGCUCUUAUUGGCGCCUGUUUCUCCAUCGCCUUCACCUUUGGACCGGCGCUCGGUGCAUGGCUCAGCUCGAUUGCCACGGUGGCUGCUAACCCCUUUGCGACCGCUGCUGCCGUUUCCCUCUUCUUGAUCGUCACCGAGACCGUGUAUCUGUACUUCAGCCUGCCAGAGACUCUCCCGUCUCUGGUCAAGCCAGGCAGCGCGGCGGCAUCUGCGGGUGAGCAGAAAGAACAGUCCAAACCAGGCCCCAUCCCAGUUGAGAGAACAAACUCACACUUUCUCCUCAACCUGGUGCACAUGGCCUUCCUGCUCUUCUUUUCCGGCAUGGAGUUCUCCCUGCCCUUCAUGACCUACGACCUGUUCCAGUACAGCUCGGCCAAGAACGGAAGGCUACUGGGCUAUAUCGGUCUGGUGGCCUCAAUCCUGCAAGGCGGCGUGACCCGCCGGCUGCCGCCGCUGCUCUCGGUCCGCGUCGGCGUUCUGGCAUGCCUCGUCGCCUUUGCCCUGCUCGCCCGCAUCUCCACCGUCGGUGGCCUCUACCUGGCUGCUACCUGCCUGGCGACCACGUCGGCCACGGUGGUGUCCGGUCUCAACGCCCUCAGCAGUUUCGAGGCCGGCGAGGACGAGAGGGGAGGGAAACUUGGCAUUCUCAGGAGCUGGGGUCAGCUUGGUAGGGGACUGGGCCCCGUGCUUUUCACGAGUGUGUACUGGUGGGCGGGCAGGGAGGCAGCCUACGCCAUGGGCGCUCUUGGUAUCGUCGGUGUGAGCGCGCUGGUGCUGUUUGGGCUCAAGACGCCGCCUGGUUCGUUGAAGCAGAGCUCUCCUUCGAAGUCCGCGAAGGACGAGAAGAAGGAGCUGUGA